CCAAGCAGCAGAGGGCGACCUUGUCGGCAACAGCGGCUUUCUGUCCUGGGCUCCACGUCUUUUCUGACCACACAGUGACCUCGGGCAGCGGGUCGCGUCGGCCGGGCAUGGCGGCAUGGUGCCCGGUCGUGUUAGUGCCUCUGCUCCGCGGGAGCCGCGGGCUUCCUCUUCUCCACUGUGUCCAUCGGAUGUUUGCUUCCCAGACUGAGGGAGAGCUCAAAGUGACCCAGAUUCUCAAAGAAAAGUUUCCUCGAGCCACAGCUAUCAAAGUCACUGACAUUUCAGGAGGCUGUGGGGCCAUGUAUGAAAUUAAAAUCGAAUCCGAAGAAUUUAAGGAGAAGAGGACUGUCCAGCAACACCAGAUGGUUAAUCAGGCACUUAAAGAAGAAAUCAAAGGGAUGCACGGCUUGCGGAUCUUUACCUCCAUCCCCAAAUGCUGACCACGCCCUGGCUGCAGAGAUGCCACUGCCUGGAGCCCCAUGCAUGUCACUGGCAGCAUUCUUUCUGAGGCAUUUGCCAAAAAAAUUAUCUGCAUUUGUUCAUAGACAUUUCUGUAUUAUAAUUAUAGAAAAGAAGCAUUAUCUAUUUAGAUGUUAAUUAAAAGCUAGAGCCACUGUAACACUG